GACGACGUUUCUCUUCUGUCGGGCCAACUCAUCGGCAUAUUUUUAACGAAUACGAAUUAUGUUUGUUUUCUCCUUGUAAAGUUAUGACAUGUGAAAUACUAUUUAGCUUAUAAAUAGAAGAACAUAUAAUAGCAAAAUGGAGGUACAAUAUCUCGCUAUCUUGUUAAGUAUAUUUUGGUGCAACUGCGAUGCUAUUAUGUGGAGUUUGGCACCUAAUACCCAAAAAUGUUUGAAAGAGGAGUUACAAGGAAACGUGCUAGUCGCUGGAGAAUAUGAAAUUACAGAAAUUACUGGUCAACGUGUAGAUUAUGUUGUCAAAGAUUCAAAAGGCCACAUCUUGGCCAAGAAUGAAAAUAUUAAAAAAGGAAAAUUCACAUUUGUGACCGAAACAUAUGAUACAUUUGAAGUUUGCUUUAUAUCUAAAAUGCCACCUGAACGCCGUGGUGUGCCACAAGAUGUACACUUAGACAUUAAAGUAGGAAUUGAAGCUAAAAAUUAUGAAGGCAUUGGUGAAGCUGCCAAAUUGAAGCCAAUGGAGCUUGAGUUGAAAAGAUUAGAAGAUCUCUCAGAAGCUAUUGUCCAGGACUUCACCUUGAUGAGGAAAAGGGAAGAGGAAAUGAGGGACACUAAUGAAUCAACAAACAACAGAGUUCUCUUCUUCAGUAUAUUUUCAAUGGUGUGCCUGUUAGGACUGGCGACGUGGCAAGUGCUCUACCUUCGUAGAUACUUCAAAGCCAAGAAACUUAUUGAAUAACUACUUAAUUUAUUUAGGUGUAGUCACAUCAGUGUUUCACACGCGAUUCAAAUAUUUUUUCCUAUACCGAAAAUUAUAUCAUUCCUAGAUGUAAGUUGAAAAAAAUCCACAGCUGUGUAUCAAUUAUUGCAGUUCUAUAAUGAAAUAAGUAUAAAAUUGACAUCCUAUUUUUAUGAAUGUAAUACUCUGUUAUGUUUUCCUUGUUGCUUUUGGUUGUAUAUUCACAAAUAUAUAAAAAAUCGGUGUCGUAAGACUAGAACAAAACUGAAGUCUGGACCAAAUAUGUUGUGGCUACACCAUUUUAGAUCUCGCGGCGUCGAGUGGUCGAGUCGUCCGUGUCGCGUGAUAUACUAACUAAACAGAUUUAUUUAAUAUUUUUGUUGUAUGUAUAUGAAUGAUUUUGUCUAAGGAUGUAUAAAAGUAUUUGAAAUAAA